AUGGCGGACGAAGAAGAGGACCCUCCUUUUGAAGAAGAUACUGAGGAGGCUGGAGGAGGCCCAGAUGGUGCACAGGGGAAAAGGAAAAGGCUGUUCUCCAAGGAAUUAAGAUGUAUGAUGUAUGGAUUUGGAGAUGACCAGAAUCCUUACACAGAGUCAGUGGAUAUUCUUGAAGACUUGGUUAUAGAAUUCAUCACAGAAAUGACCCACAAAGCAAUGUCAAUUGGACGGCAAGGUCGAGUACAGGUUGAAGAUAUUGUCUUCCUGAUCCGUAAAGACCCACGGAAGUUUGCUCGUGUGAAAGACUUGUUAACAAUGAAUGAAGAACUGAAACGGGCCAGAAAGGCAUUUGAUGAAGCAAACUAUGGAUCUUAAGGCAUCAUGUGAUGCAGAUGGGUGGUAUGUGCAGAAUGCUGAGGGAGAAAGACCCAUAACAGGUGCUAACAUGUUUGGAUAUUGCCGCUACUAGAAGACAAACCAACACUUUGUUUUGUAAAUGUUAAUUCACUGGGGGGAACUUUGUAACUGGAACAAUUGUUUUGUUUUUUGAGGGUUGUUUUGCUUAGUUACUGUAAAGAUACACUUUGUAUAUCUGAUUCAAUUUAUGAAUUGCUUCCCAUUAAUGUUAUUUCACAGUAAAUACUAGUGAUUUGGAAUUCUUAAUGAAUAUGAAUAAACACUUUCACCCAUGCAUCUCUUGUAAUGGGGAAACCAA